UUCCCCAAAGACUUCUAGAGAAAAUUACAGCAUCUAUAUAUAACUUAAAUCAUUCCAAUGAAGGACUACAUUAUAUUUUGGUUUCCUCCAUGGCACCGAAUAAAGAAAACAACAUAGCUAACUCCCAAACUCACCCCAACAAUGGUACUGUCAACAAGCCUCGACGUCUUUCAAUGGAAAGCCUCCAGAGAACUAUAUCUGAUAUAUCGUUUGAGCUAACCAAAGAAGCCAUCGACGCAACGCAGCUUCCAUCCAUAUCCGAAGUCGAGGAGGCCAGCUGCGAAUGCUGCGGCAUGUCCGAGGAGUGCACUCCCGAGUACAUUAACCAAGUCCGUGACAAGUUCUCAGGGAAACUGGUGUGUGGGCUUUGUGCCGAAGCAAUCAACGAAGAGGUCGUGAAAAACGGAGGCAAAAGGGAAGAAGCUUUGAACGAGCAUAUGAGUGCUUGUGUGAGGUUCAACCGGUUCGGUCGGACUCACCCAGUGUUGUACCAAGCCGAGGCAAUGAGAGAAAUAUUGAAGAAGAGCUCGGGAAUUCGGGCUAAGUCAAUGAGUCCCAGAGACAAAAGCGGUCCCAAGAAGGGUGGCAUCGCGAGGAGCUCGAGUUGCAUGCCGGCUAUCGCCAAGGAGAUUCGUGACCGAGCAAUGGUGAACUAGGGGUCUCUAUAUGAUAUAUAAUAUUUUACGUAUACUAAAACUUAAAAUCGAAAGAUUUAAGUUUUAGAUUAGUAGGAAAAAAAUAACUCGUUAUAUAAUAGUGGGACGUUGUAGGCAUAAUUUGUAACUGUGUUGUGAAUAUGUUUGAUUGUAAUUAUCAUAUUUCUUAUUAUAUAUAUAUAUAUAUAUAUAUUGUUUUUAAAUAGAAA